GUUAUUUGACGAGUGUGUAAUUUCACGGUUCAAGUUGAAGAAAAAAGGAAAAAGAGUAAAUUCGCGGUUCACCGAGUUACGGUAAGUGGGAUUGGAAAAAGAGGCAUUGAAGGCAUUAGCGUUUCACAGGUGUCCACCCUGUAGAAGUUGGUUACCCAGUCAGAGAUAUUCUUGUCUUCAUUUCCACUGUUCCUUUGCCCCUCUCUGUAUACCCAUUUACAUAAACCAAAUUCCUUAGUCGCUUGAGCCAUACUUCAAACCCAACCCAACCCAGCCAAAUACCAAAAAACCAGAGAUCUAAUCUACCAUAACAAAAACAAUUAACCUUUGUCUGGUUCCCAAAGAGACAAAUUAAGAAUGAGGGAACCAACGAUGGUGGUUGGCGCAGACAGCAAUGCUGCUGCUGCUGCUGUUGGCGGUGCUGAUGGAUCACCUCUCCCUCCACCGACGUCUUCACCGCCGCAAUCAUUAGUCGAGAGGCUCAAGGACUACGGCCAGGAACACGUUUUCGCCCUUUGGGACGAGCUUUCUCCUGAUGAACGCCUCCACCUCGUCAAGGAUAUCCAGAGUUUGGAUCUUUCGAGAAUAGAUCGGAUCAUUCGCUGCUCUCUUCGAUCUCAAGGACUGCCGGUGGCAGCAAUAGAGCCAGUUCCCGAGAGUUGCGUGUCCUCUGUAGAGGAGAGAACGAUGGAGGAAAGGGAAAGGUGGUGGAAGAUGGGAUUGAAGGCUAUAUCGGAAGGCAAAUUGGCUGUUUUGCUUCUAUCCGGUGGCCAGGGGACUCGGCUUGGAAGUUCAGAUCCCAAGGGAUGUUUCAACAUUGGACUUCCUUCUGGGAAGUCACUUUUUCAACUGCAAGCUGAGCGGAUUUUGUGUGUUCAAAGAUUAGCCGCACAAGCUAAAAAUGAGGGCUCAGUGACUAUACACUGGUAUGUAAUGACUAGCCCAUUUACUGAUGAUGCAACACGUAAAUUCUUUGAGAGUCAUAAAUACUUUGGUCUUGAAGCUGAUCAAGUUACCUUUUUCCAGCAAGGCACCCAACCUUGCAUUUCAAAGGAUGGUAGAUAUGUCAUGGAGACUCCAUUCAAGGUAGCAAAGUCUCCAGAUGGGAAUGGAGGAGUAUAUACAGCUCUGAAAUCUUCAAGAUUGUUAGAGGAUAUGGCUGCAAGAGGGAUUAAAUACGUGGAUUGCUAUGGUGUUGAUAAUGCAUUGGUUCGUGUAGCUGAUCCAACUUUCUUGGGAUAUUUCAUUGAUAAAGGUGUAGCUGCUGCUGCUAAAGUUGUGAAAAAGGCCUAUCCCCAGGAAAAGGUUGGUGUUUUUGUAAGGCGUGGUAAAGGCGGGCCACUUACUGUGGUUGAAUACAGUGAAUUAGAUUCAUCACUGGCUUCUGCAGUUAACCAGCAAACUGGACGCCUUCGUUUUUGCUGGAGUAAUGUGUGCUUACACAUGUUUACUUUGGAUUUCCUAAGCCAAGUGGCAGAUGGCCUUGAGAAAGACGGCAUUUACCAUCUGGCGGAGAAAAAGGUUCCUUCUAUCCAUGGGUAUACAAUGGGUUUGAAACUAGAGCAGUUCGUCUUUGAUGCAUUUCCAUAUGCUCCUUCAACUGCUUUGUUUGAGGUAUUACGAGAGGAAGAGUUUGCACCAGUGAAAAAUGCUAACGGUUCAAAUUAUGACACUCCAGACAGUGCAAGGUUGCUUGUUCUGCGGCUACACACACGUUGGGUAGUAGCUGCUGGUGGCUUCUUAACACAUUCAGUGCCAUUAUAUGCAACUGGUGUGGAGGUAUCACCGCUUUGUUCGUACACUGGAGAAAACUUGGAGUCCAUAUGCCGUGGAAGAACAUUUCAUGCACCCUGUGAAAUUGCAUUUUAGUUCAACUUUGUAACGUAGCGACACAUUCUUUUUGAUUUGUGCAGUGUGUUUGGGUUGAUGAUGUAAGAUCCAUUGUACGGCAUGGAUGUAAUUCGAUGGAGUGGAUGGAGAGUGGGUGAAAAAUGCAAAAUGUAGGAUUUAAAGAUUUUUGCAAUAAUGUUCACGCUUGUGACUGUUAUAUUGUUGUAUUCAUAUAUCAUUGUCGAGUCAUAUGGAAUUUGAGGUUUAUGGUGCAUUAAUUCA